AUGGCUCCUUCCAGGUUCGAUCACGGCACAAUGAACACCAACUACAGCAGCAUUCACUCCCAUGAGGCUUUCAUUGGGGACUACCAGGUCAUGUACACUCCUGGUUCUACCUCCCCACCGCUCGAUCGUGUCAAAAAGACGACUCGAUUCAGCAGGGCUGCUUCGUCCAAAUCCCAGAAUCCCAGCCAGUCCUUCAUGCUGCCCACCAAUAUUCCCAAUACUUCUCAGAUUGUGCCAGACCACGGUUCUCUGCCAAAUGUUCAGGUUCACUACACUGUCCCAGCCGAUGAGAAACAAAUUGUCGCGUCAUUGCGCACUCUGCAACGCGAUCUCAACGAAGCAAUGCAAACCAUCAAUUCCCUAACCCGCGAACGCGAUGAUGCCCGACUUGAGCUUAGAUUGCUCCGUGCUGCGUCCAAGAAACAAAUUACCCCGGCAAAGAAGAGCAAAGCGGCGUCACGUGUCGAGGAAGAACUAUUUGAUAUCAGCAGGUCCAUGUCGUCUCCCCCAAGAUCUCCUGUUCGAAGGAAUUCCAUGAAAGACACGUCUGCGGAUAUCAAAGAUGCUCCUAAGACCACCAACUCCAAUGAUGCCCGAGUUCUAUCUGCUGUUAUCAACAGACCGAUGUCGCCCGUGUCAGAAAAGCGGCCGACUACCAAGUCAGAUGUUACUGCUAAGAGCAAGCCCCAAUCUUAUCAACGACCCACUGUACAUGAUACCGAAAACAGCGUCAUUGGAGACCAGACGGCCGCGUCAAAUACCUCGCGCCGACGGCGCCAUCCGUCCCUUGACGAAAACAUGACCUCGGCAUACAUAUUGCCCGACAUCACAAUGAGUCAGCCCGUGAAACCAGCAAGAAUUCAGGUUUCUCAGGAGGCUCAAAGUGUUCUGCAUCGUCAUGGCGAUCCGGAACACCUUGGCAACUGCACUGUCUGUCAACGUCUCACAGCAAGAAAACCCAGGCAAGUUACCCACGCUACAUGCUCUGCCUUUGCGCCCGUUGGUGAAAGGACAGAUUUCACAGCACAGAUUACCCAGCUCAUGAAAGACGUGAUGCUAGAGGAACCCACUUUACGCCCCAAAAUCAAUCCCUGGCAUGCCCUUGCUAAUGUCAAGAAACUUUUGAUGAACCAAUUCGAAGAGGCGAAGAGCAAGCAUGCCCAGGCGUGGGAGAAGUACGAUGCCAUUGAGGCGCCCUUGAGCAGCAAGAAACAUGCCGCUGCUAGUGAGGAUUUGUUUUACUGGUCCAAGAAGAUGGAAGAGUGUCGCAUCAAUCUCGAUCAGCUGAGAGAUGUGGAAGAGGGAAUGAAGGAGCAAGAGAGUGGGAUGUAA